UCACUAAUUCAAAAUAAGCACGACAAUGUUAAAGGUCGUAGUGCAGAUACCCUGGGGUAAGAGGAAUCGUGAGAUUUGUGAUCGUGAUGAUUAUAAAAUGCAGUUGGUCUGUACGCGGUCGUUUCCGUGUUUUGACUUUCGUUUUCCCACGAUCUGAGACAUCACUUAUUCCCAAAAUUUGAGGUUAUUUUUGUGUUCUACAGCUAUCAACAAGGUAUUCAGCAGGUUGUUCUGUUGGUUGUUGAAAAUGUUCACUUUUGAUUGAAAAUUAAUCGAAAUUUAGUCGUUUUUUCGUUUGUUAAAAUAUGAAAAACAAUACAGAAACGCCAGAUGAAAUAGGCGGUAAAAUGUAUGGGGAAGGAAACAAAGUGGAAGUAAGCACAAAACCAAAUGAAUUUAAAAACAGAAAAUAUUUUUUUCAAGAAAAUUUUGUGAAUGAAUGUGAUGCGUUCGUCAAGUAUUUUGCAGCUAUCAAAGAUAAUGGUGUUAUGUUGCAUAUAAUCAGAGAUAUAAAAAAUAUGGGAGACUAUUGUGAUUUGUUCAACAAUGUAAAUAAAGAUUUUUACAGAGAAUCGAUCAAUUUAUACAAUGACUCUAUUCCUGCAGAUGAGCUAAACGGGAACAUACUAUAUGCCUCGAAACUCGUAAAACUAAUUAACUCCCCAGACAAAGGAAGAUGCUUAGUAGCCAAUGCUGUCAUACCCAAAAAUAAAACUUUAAUAUUUGAACCACCUACAGUUGUACAGGUUAAACCUCUGUGUACCUGCGUAGGAGAUCGAGAAUCAUCCCUGUAUAGAUGUCAUAAUUGUGGGGUAGCUUGUAAGAUGUUCUUCACAUGUGACGGAUGUAACAUAUGCGUAUUUUGUUCAAGAGCGUGCAUGAUGUACGCUUACACCAAUUACCACCGUUAUGAGUGUUAUGGCCUGCAAAGACAUUUUUGGUCAAUGGAGGACACAGACUAUAGUUAUUUAUCGUUCAGAAUGAUGUUGUAUGGUGCUAGUAAAAAUUUUAGAAGUGAUUCCACUGUCGGUCAGUGUUACGGCGAUAUUGAUAACAACUACCCCUUUUUGUACAUGCUGGAGACAAAUUUCCAUCAACUUGGUAUUGCCAAAGUUAAUGAAAUACUGUAUAAGUCUUCAAAGAAUUUGAUGUACUUGAUAAUGAAAACGACAUUUUUCGAUAUAUUCAAAGACCAAAGAGCAGAUAUCCACGAUUUGUAUUUAUACAUUGGUGGUCUUUUGGUCAAACACUACUGUCAGGCCCAAACCAACAAUAUUAUCCUGAAAUAUCCGAACUUGUCAACUGGUUUUGGAAUAAACGUUGUAAGUGGGACGGGAAAAGCCAUCUGUCCUACAGUUGCGCUCCUCAGUCAUGCUUGUUCCCCAAAUGCCGUUGUUCUAGUAUACUACGACUCUGUUGCUGUGAAAAGUAUUAAACCCAUUAGGCCGGGUGAGGAGAUUACCAUAUGCUACAAGGAAGUCGAUGCACUGUUAACGUUAUCCGAGAGGCGAACGAUCACAGAAGAAAUAUUUAAUUUUACGUGCAAAUGUUACUUCUGUGAAUAUGAACGUUAUUGGAUAGAAACCCCUUACAGAUGUCAAGUGUGCAGUGUCGGUAAAGCCAAGAAAAUCGACCUAGAAAAUGGCAAAGUAAUGGGGUACUGCAUCAGGUGUGAGAGGUAUUUUAAUUUUGACGUGAUAUUAGACAACCUGAAAGUUGCCACCAUCUGCCAGAAUUUAUAUAAGGCCACAUUUGCUAUCGACCACGUUGUUAGACUGGCGGAAUGUUACAGCAAAAUAUUCCCCUCGAAUUCGUGGAAAUUGCUGGACAUUUACAAACUUUUGUAUGAGAAGCACGUCCUCGGAGAAGAGAAACCUUUCGAAGUUAUGAAAUAUGGACUGCUGACAUUCAGCAUUCUUGAGCACUACUUAUCAAGGUUGUAUGUGCCGAUUCUGGUGGCCAAAGUCAAAUUUGUGUCUCGAGUGCUGAAUAUGAGGAGUUUUGAGAAACUAAAGAAUGUGUCAGAGGAUCAGUUGGAUAUCAUGAAAAUUUUUGUGGCAGAGGUAAUGAAAAUGAAGGAAGAUCUCGAAUUUUAUUUGCCAGAGCAGAAGAUUUUAUUCCAUAAGAAUUUAUUAAUAAAAGUGCACGAAGUAUUCAAAACUAUGCAACUGGUUUGAUUAUACGUUCCGAUUUUAUAGAAAGUUUUGCAGUUGUCACGUGCCAAAGUGUUACAUUUAUCUUAGUUGAAAUUAUUUUUGUAUGUAAAAAAAUGUUUAUUAUUUUCCAGAUUCUUUUUAUUUUAUUCACAA